AUGACUUCUAUUCAAGAAAUUCAUCAUUCACCUGUUGAAGGAGAAGAAUUUCAUAUUCAAGAUGGUUCAAGCUGGGAAGCUCCUAAAAGAAAGCCACGGGUAUGCAAGCAUAAACCACAUAAGAAAAAUAGCAAAUGCUCAGAACGCGAGCACAAAUGGGAACAUGAACACAAGCGUGAACACGAACACAAGUGGUUUGAUCACGAUGAAGAAAGUGAUUCAGACUCCCAUUGCACCACAGACAGUGAUUCAUGUCUGGAUUUCAGCCAUGACAGUAGCUCAGGUUGUAAAACCCCUAGACAAAAAAAUCCAAUUUGCAAGCACAAAUCUAAGAGGUGUUUUGAAUUUGAUGAGUGUUUCGAAUGUAAGGACAAACACAAGGACUUCUUUGAUUCCACCAGUGAAUUCCACAAUUGUGAUCACUCAGCCAAGGAAUGCUUGCAUUUCAAAGGGAAGGGUCAUAAUUCUUUUGACUGUGAACACACGUUUAAGAAAGGCUUAGCUUGCUCACACAGAUUUAGACAUACAACUUUCGAAUGCAUUGGGCAUUCUCGUUUAUGUUUAUUUGAACUAAUUAGAAGGUGGAAUUUUUUCCGUUGCCAUAGACCAAAACCAUGGCCAAAGGCACAUAAAAAGCAUAUUUGA